CAGGGACCGAAGAACCGGGGAAAUGCCUCUGCGACUUGACAUCAAGAGAAAACUUACUGCUCGCUCUGACCGAGUGAAGAGUGUGGACUUGCACCCAACGGAGCCAUGGAUGUUGGCUAGCUUAUACAAUGGCAGCGUCUGUGUAUGGAAUCAUGAAACACAGACUUUAGUGAAGACGUUUGAAGUCUGUGAUCUUCCAGUCAGAGCAGCAAAGUUUGUGGCCCGAAAAAACUGGGUUGUCACAGGAGCUGAUGACAUGCAGAUCAGGGUGUUCAACUACAACACUCUGGAAAGAGUUCAUAUGUUUGAGGCCCACUCUGAUUAUAUACGAUGCAUUGCCGUACACCCAACACAGCCUUUCAUUCUUACAAGCAGUGAUGAUAUGCUGAUCAAACUGUGGGACUGGGAUAAGAAGUGGUCCUGCUCCCAGGUCUUCGAAGGUCAUACACACUACGUCAUGCAGAUUGUUAUAAAUCCCAAGGACAACAACCAGUUUGCCAGUGCUUCCUUGGAUCGCACAAUCAAGGUCUGGCAGCUGGGCUCCUCUUCUCCCAAUUUCACUUUGGAGGGACAUGAGAAAGGGGUCAACUGUAUUGAUUAUUACAGUGGAGGUGACAAGCCUUACCUUAUUUCUGGGGCUGAUGACAGACUGGUGAAGAUUUGGGAUUACCAGAAUAAAACUUGUGUUCAGACACUUGAGGGCCACGCGCAGAAUGUUUCUUGUGUCAGCUUCCACCCUGAACUUCCCAUUAUCAUCACAGGCUCAGAAGAUGGUACGGUGAGGAUCUGGCACUCUAGCACUUACCGGCUCGAGAGUACCCUUAACUAUGGCAUGGAACGAGUGUGGUGUGUGUCUGGACUACGAGGUUCUAACAAUGUGGCACUUGGAUACGAUGAAGGCAGCAUCAUUGUUAAGUUGGGGCGUGAAGAACCAGCAAUGUCCAUGGAUGCCAAUGGUAAAAUUAUCUGGGCUAAGCACUCCGAGAUUCAGCAGGCAAACUUGAAGGCCAUGGGGGACACAGAGAUUAAGGAUGGGGAAAGGCUUCCACUUGCUGUGAAGGACAUGGGCAGUUGUGAAAUCUACCCCCAAACAAUCCAGCACAACCCUAAUGGAAGAUUUGUAGUGGUGUGCGGAGAUGGAGAAUACAUUAUUUACACUGCUAUGGCACUGAGAAACAAGAGCUUUGGAUCAGCACAGGAAUUUGCCUGGGCUCACGACUCUUCUGAAUAUGCUAUUCGAGAAAGCAACAGCCUGGUGAAGAUUUUCAAGAACUUUAAGGAGAAGAAGAGCUUUAAACCAGACUUUGGGGCAGAAGGUAUCUACGGCGGAUUCCUUCUUGGUGUGCGGUCUGUUAACGGUUUGGCUUUCUAUGACUGGGAGAAUACAGAGCUCAUCCGCAGGAUUGAGAUCCAGCCCAAACACAUUUUCUGGUCCGACUCUGGAGAACUUGUGUGCAUUGCUACAGAGGAAUCCUUCUUCAUCCUCAAAUAUUUAUCUGAGAAAGUAGCCACAGCGCAGGAGACCCAUGAGGGAGUGUCCGAGGAUGGAAUAGAAGAUGCUUUUGAGGUUCUUGGAGAAAUUCAGGAGAUCGUUAAAACUGGUCUGUGGGUUGGAGACUGUUUUAUAUACACAAGCACAGUGAACAGACUCAACUACUAUGUGGGAGGAGAGAUUGUUACUAUUGCACACUUAGAUAGAACCAUGUACCUGCUUGGUUACAUUCCCAAAGAUAACCGCCUCUACCUUGGGGACAAGGAGCUCAAUAUCGUCAGUUACUCACUGCUUGUAUCAGUCUUGGAAUAUCAGACAGCUGUCAUGAGAAGAGACUUCAGCAUGGCUGACAAAGUAAUCCCAACUAUCCCCAAAGAGCAGAGGACCCGGGUUGCUCACUUCCUGGAAAAACAGGGUUUCAAACAACAGGCUUUGGCUGUGUCCACAGAUCCUGAACAUCGGUUUGAGCUAGCACUUCAGCUGGGAGAGCUUAAGAUUGCCUAUCAGCUAGCUGUGGAAGCAGAGUCAGAGCAGAAGUGGAAGCAGCUGGCAGAGUUGGCCAUCAGCAAAUGUCAGUUUGGAUUGGCUCAGGAGUGCCUACACAGUGCCCAGGACUAUGGUGGGCUCUUACUCCUCGCCACCUCUUCAGGGAAUGCCACCAUGGUGAACAAGCUGGCUGAAGGUGCAGAGAAAGAUGGAAAAAACAAUGUAGCUUUCCUAAGCUAUUUCUUACUGGGGAAAUUGGACUCCUGCUUGGAGCUGCUCAUUUCUACAGGCCGCUUGCCCGAGGCAGCAUUUCUGGCAAGAACCUACCUGCCAAGUCAGGUGUCCAGGGUGGUAAAAUUAUGGAAAGAGAGCCUAGGCAAGGUCAAUCAGAAGGCAGCAGACUCUUUGGCAGACCCCACUGCAUACGAAAAUCUCUUUCCUGGUCUAAGGGAAGCCUAUGCGGCAGAACCAUUUUUGAAGCAGAACUCGGGCAUUCUGCUUCCAGCUAAGGAAUAUCGUCAUGUGACUCCAAACGAAGAGAGAAAUAUCUUGUCUGAAGCAAAGGGAUUUGAUCCAUCAGAAUCCGCCUUCACUGCAGUAGAAAAAGAGAGCGUAGAAGUCCCAAAUCAAGCGGUUCCCAUCCCUUUCGCAGUACCAUCACCAUCAAUACCAGCACCAGAAAUGCCUGCCCCUAAAAGCAGCAUGGAUAAGGCAUUAUUUGACCUAGAAGAGGAUUUAGACAACAUGGAGCUAGAUGAUAUUGACACCACAGACAUUAACUUGGAUGAUGAGCUUUCCGAUGAAUAAAUGCAAUGCCCAACAUUUUUAUUUAAGUGACCAAAAUGUAUCUUCCCCUUGUGUUGCGACCAUGGAAUAUAUAGGCAUUUACCUUCCCACAAAGAUGAGAUACAUUAUGUGAUUUUUAUCUGGACUACCGUCUUUUCAAAGGGAUAAUGGCCUCUCUUGUACAUUUCUUUGUUAGUCUCGCACAACUCCUUUUGUCUAAAACAUAAACUUCGACUCUCAGCAUUAACUAUAACAAUAAAAGUUACUGCUACAAAA